AUGUUCCAAACAAAAAAAGGUGUUGUUGGACAGAAAAUAGCAAAACUAUUGCAAAGGCAGAAUCUCGCCAAUGAUGUAACUGAGCAACGACGCGUCAUCAUCGAUGGCUUGGCAAUUAUUCUUGGAGAUGACCCCAGCGAGUUCUUCAAGACAAGUUCGAAAGCUUUGAUGGAUGAGACCACAGCGGCGCUUCUGAUGGGUGUGCUCACAGUUGAUGAAGACUUCCUACACCCUUCAAGUGCUGAGACCUUCCACCAAACAAGUAAAAUGAUCGCUAUUGUCAUCGAGGGCAACAUCGUCAUGAACAACAUCAGUGAUGUUCCCCAGGCUUUUUGCCUUCUGUUUGCUCUGACGUACGCCUUACAUUUGGACUACCCAAGAUCGAUGCUCAACACGUUCAGGUGCAUCCAGUCUGUGAUGCUGGGACUGGGAAAACAAACUCUGCCACCAAAACUCCUGACUCUGAAGAACUACCUUUUGGCAUAA